CCAAGCGUAAAGCUUAAAUUUUGAAACUUCAAAUAUCGUCAUAUAGGCUACAGACUGGACAUGGACUUCUCUUCAUGGAUUCGACGCAGGCUUCUGAGAAAUCCCGAAAAGACCGAAAUACCAGAUCAACCAAAGCAAUCGAAUCAAACACAAGCAGGAGACGAGCUUCUUGGAGUCACACAGCCAUUGAUUGAUCAUAUACAGACUUUCACUGUCGAUACUUUCAAGAAUUUCCGUCUUCAAGAUGAUAACGGAGUCACUGAUGCUGACGCUACUCCGACAAACUCCUCAGCUAAUUUACGGCAGGAUCUCUCCGAGUGGCAGCAACGGCAUGCUACUCUUGUGCUUUCAAGAGUCAAGGAACUUUCACAACUUAGAUUUAUGCUUUGCCCUCGUCACUUGAAGGAGCGACAAUUUUGGCGGAUAUAUUUUAUGCUUGUCAAGAGCCACAUAGCCAAAUAUGAGCUAAGUGCUGUACAACUAGCGAAACUGAAAAAGAUGGAAACCGAGAAUGAUGAACCUCAGCAUUUCAGUGUAUAUGAAGUUGAAAUGGCAGAAACAAAGCAAGUAGCAAGUUUGUCACCUUCGACUCCUUGAAACUGCUAUUUGCAUUUCAUGAAAUAUGACAGGUAUUAUCUGUUCCUCUUCUUUAGAAAGAAGGCUUUAUAUUCACUUACUUUCCUUUUUCCUCUCUUGACUAUGUGGUUAUCUUGUUUGGGAUUGCUGUGCGAAAGCUGGUUAUAUUUAGGCAAAUGUAUCGCUUGACAUUAACUUGAAUGAUCUGGAGUAUUGUCCAAGUAUUUUGGAGCUUGAUGACAUAAUAUAUAAUCUUCCCAAGUCCUAACUCAACAAGACUUUACCAGGUUGCAUAGUGUAGGGUCAAAAGCUUCUAAGUAUCGAAGUUUCAAACAUUUCAGGUCCUUGCACUGAUUUUCUUAUUUGUUUCCUAUGACCUGGAUUUAUUACUCAUUUGCUUUCGUGAUAAGGUAGUCUUGCACCA